AGGCACAGGGAGGGUUGUCUACAUUUGUUUGAGCCCCUGAUUUAUUGUGGAAAAGGGCAAAAGCAAUUUCUCGCUGCCAACCUGGGAGGGUUGGGCCAGCUAAUUGCAAAGAAGAUUCCCCCCCCCCCAUAAGGACUCGUGGGAGGACGCUUGCAGCAGGGAGCGGCCGUUGCCUACCAGCCAGAAGACCAAACCCUCUCUUGGGAAGAAGAGCAAGGUCAGCCGAGUCAGGGGGCUGAAUGGUGUGCUGUUUGGGCGGUGAUCACAGGUGAGACAAGAUUGCCCCUGCAUAUCUACAUAAGCCCCUGGGUAGAGAUUAAAGAAGUCACCAUGUGGAUAGCUAAGGGACAAGUCCAAGGAUGGGCUCCCCACGGGCAAUCAGUCUGGGGAGCAGACACGUGGCAAAACAUAUGCACCACAGCCAGUCCGAGUAGGGUGCAUGUGGACCAUAUAGAUGGGGUGGAGGCAGCCCUGGCAAACUGGGCUAGCACAAAGUGCUGGCACCAGGGGGUGGGCCCCACCUGGGGACAGGCCACACAGAAGAAUUUGCCCAUUAUGCAGGACGCAGAAGAUUGCCCCAUGCAUAAAAUAUCAGGACAAAGUUGGGGCCAUAUAGCCCACGGAGGUAAGCCAGGAUCAGUAUGGCAAAGUGGCAUUGGGCCCAUGCCCAAGAACCAAAGAGCCCGCUAUGCUCUAAUAUGUGUAAACACCUACAGUGGAGCAGGUCAGGCUUUCCCUUAUGCUCAAGCAACCCAGCAGACUAUCCUCAGAGACUUGGAAGUGCUGAACAGCAUGCACGGCACUCUGCAAGAGAGCCAGAGCGACAAUGACACCCAUUUCAAGGGAAAAGUAAAGAAAUGGGCAGAAGAGAAAGGGGUGGCUUGGUUCUACCCUCCAAGAGCAGCCGCCCUAAUCGAAAGAACCAGCGGUCCGAAACAGCAAAUCAAACUGCUGACAGUCAGGUCGGAUUGGAAGCACUGGAAAGGAAGAAACCUGGAAGAAGCCAGCCAUCUACUCAGUCAGAGAGGGCUCCUGGAGGGAGGGUCACCCAUGGAGCGGCUUGUGAAUCCUCCUUCGCUUCAGGAAGCAGGGGGGCACGUGUGGGUGCAGCUGCUGGAAGUUGUUGGCUUAACAGCAGAAGAGAUUCCUGGAUGGCCUCUUUAAGAGAAGACCUGUUGCGUGCUGCCAAGGAAACACAGCUGUUCCUGGAGAGGAAUCCUGGCACCCUGCCUGUGGCCACAGAAAUCAGCUUGAACUGGAACCUCCUGAAACCCACCAUGGGGAAGAGCCAUGUGGGCAAGCACAUGUUCUGGGGGGUGGGAAGUUAUGCACAUGGGACUGUGUGCUGUUUUGCUGUAAGAAUUAUUCUGAUGUGCUCCAAACUGCCUUUGGAAAAUGCUGUAACUUGUGUUCAAUAUUGCCUUUGGAAAGUGCUGAAAUGCUGUAAGCUGCCUGCAGCCCCAAGACACAAAAGCCAUGCAGUCUGGGGGUGGAGGUGGGCUAUGCAUAUGAAACUGUAUGCUGGUUUGUGAGUAAGAAUUUUCUUAAUGCUGGCAGUGUUGCUAUGUAAAAUGUAUAUGUAACCGUGUGAGAUAAGAGUGUUUCCUCGAUGAUUUUAGCAUUGUCUUUUAAAAAAGGCUGCUGAAUGCUUACGAUUUAUUAUGGUGUGUCUGUUAGUAUGUGGGAGUGUGUAUAGUUGGUUGGGGGGAGGAAGAGAAUUACAGAAGGCCUCCUGUUACAAUAUAUCUGUCCAUGAUGUUAACCUUUUGCUUUCCUUCUGUAGUUAAGGCAAACUCCUGUUGUUGAUAAUGUACUGUUUAAAGCAAUAGUCCCUGCUCCCUUUGAUGGUCAGUAGGGCAAAGAAAACCCGGCCCCCUCUGGGGGUAAGAAGAGUUUUGUGACGCGUAGAUGCGACUGUUCCUGACCACAUCUCUAAAGGGGUGGAAUGUAUACCCUGGGGCAUGUAUGUGAUUGCUAUAACCAUUAUGCAAGGCUGCCUUAUUGCUUUUAUAUGUAUAAGUGCCUUUAGGAGGGUAAGAUUUAAUAGUUAAGCUCAUAAUGUUGUCUUCUGUAGCUUGGACACCUGCCAGAGAACUAGUUUGUUAGAAGAUGAGGUUGCGGAACAGUCAAUGUCCCUCAGCUGGGCCUUAUCUAUGAGUAGGCUAGAUGUAGCCUCAAGAACACCUCUUUGAAGCUCAUCUAAUAGCCACUAACAAGCUGCAUGUGCUGAGAACCGGUAGCACAUGUGAUAGGAGGCUGGGAGGGAGGGAAAGGACCGUUUGAUGUACAGUAGCCUUGGCACUGAUCCAGUUAGCUCUAAUGAGCUACAUGUGCCAAGGAUGGGCUGCACGUGCUGAUUAACAGUAGGGCACGUGCCAUGGAAAGAGUAGCAUAGAGAGGUCAAGAUGUGCUUUGGCACCAGACCUGUGUCCUCUCAUGUAAAUAGGGUGAUCCAUCAGGUGCCUUGACACCCCAGAUCAAGGGACGGGGAUACUUCAAAGAUAGUGAGAUAGUAGCCAUUGUCUAUUAGGCAUAGGGCAGCUUUGAUGCCUAGUCUGAUUAAUGACGGACCCUGUCCAGAUGUGCCAAUUUGAUGUUAGAUAUAGCUAAUGAUGCAUUCCGUCAUUGUGUAUGCCUUGCCAAGAUUUUCUCUAUAAAAGGUGCCUGUGCCAUGAGCUCAGGGUGCAGACCUUAACGCCUGUAUGUGAGAGACCUUGGGUCUGUUCCGCUGGGUAGGCAUGCCUGAUAUG